UCUGCCAAUGAAGAAGAAAACAGAACUUGUUUCGGCCAUUAGAACCCACUCAAGAAGAUGACGAAAAUCCCUCUUUCUGUGAUCUUGGCCGUCUUCUUUGUUGUCUUCGUUGUCCUUCCUUCUGUAACCGAUGGACUUGGUUCAGCCUCCACUAUUGCCAUUAGUUACAGCUCUGAAACUGUUUGCGGAAUCCUCGCAAGCAAUUCUUCUCAAAGAAUCGAAUGCUAUAGAGGGGGUCAGACGUUUUCGAUCUUUCCGAAUGUAUCUUUCGAAGUCAUCUCCGGUGGUCGAGAUUAUUUCUGUGGAUUGAAUUCGGGUGGUUCUGUUUUGCUCUGUUGGUUCACCAGUUUUUCUGGUACCAGUUUUGAACCCAAAAGGGUUUAUCAUAAUAGUACUUUUAGGUUGAGGGAUGUAUCGGUUGGAGAUGAUCAAGUCUGUGCUGUGGUAGAUGAGACCCAGUUUGCAAAAUGUUGGAGAGGAGAUGGGAAUGGGAGAUUUCCAUCGAUGAAACAAAGGUUUCUGUCCAUCUCGUCAGGUGGAGGAUUUUCUUGUGGGAUUCUGAGUAGCAGUAGAAGAGUUCGGUGUUGGGGUACCAACAGUGAAAUCGCUAUGGAGAUUCAGAAUCAGUUUGGGAAUAUCUCCAUGGACAGCAUAGUUGCUGGUGGAUCUCAUGUUUGUGGUUUGAAUAUUACUGGGUUUCUCGUCUGCAAAGGGAAGAACGAUUCUGGCCAACUCGAAGCUCCUGAGAAUUCGUCUAGAGAGUUCUAUCAGCUCGCAUUGGGGUUCAACCAUAGCUGUGCCGCUCGAUUGGAUGGUUCAGUGGUUUGUUGGGGAAGAGGAGGAGAAUUCUCCAGUAAUGUUACAAAUGGUGUUUCGUUCCAAUUGAUCGUCGCUGGUUCUAAUUUCACUUGUGGAUUGCAAUCCAGAACUCUAUUGGUGAUUUGCUGGGGACCUGGUUGGUCUACAAACGCUAGUUCUUCAGGAAUCUAUCUUCCUCUGCCUCAGAUUGUUCCUGGUCCUUGCACUCAAAAUAACUGUAGUUGCGGUCAAUAUCCAAAUGCUUCUGGAUUUUGUGCUGGUUCAAGAAUAAUUUGUCAGACUUGUUUGCAACCACAAUCGUCACCGCCACCUCUGGCGGCGUUACCAUCUCCAUCUCCACCUCCUCCUUCGCCGCCGCCUGCAUCACCAUCGCCUUCAUCAAUUUCAAGAGAUAGGCGUUUAUUAAUCUUUAUGAUUGUGGGAUCAAUUGGGUGUUUUUCUGGGCUCUGUACCAUUGUUUACUGUUUGUGGAUUGGAAUACGUUGUUGCAGACGCAAGAAAGUACAUAAUUCUGUGCAGCCCACGAUUACUGGAAGCAAUGCUAAUGCUGGGGGUAAUGGAAGUGGCGAUCUCUUCAGCCUAUCAAGAUCUUCCACCAUUAGGCGCCAGAGCUCACGAGCAAUGAAGCGCCAGAGGAGUGGGACAUCGAAGCACCCCGACCGGGCGGAGGAGUUCAGCCUAGCAGAGCUAACUGUGGCCACCGACAACUUCUCUUUGGAGAACAAGAUUGGGGCUGGAAGCUUUGGGGUUGUAUAUAAAGGCAAGCUUGCAGAUGGGCGUGAAGUCGCCAUUAAAAGGGGAGAAACAGGUACCAAGACCAAGAAAUUUCAAGAAAAAGAAAGCGCAUUUGAGUCUGAAAUUGCAUUCUUGUCUCGGGUUCACCAUAAACAUCUGGUCAGGCUAGUGGGUUUUUGCGAAGAGAGGGAAGAGAAGCUUCUGGUAUAUGAUUACAUGAAAAAUGGGGCACUCUAUGAUCAUUUGCAUUCCAAGGACAACGUUGAGAAGAAAAGCAGUUUAUUAAAUUCCUGGAAAAUGAGGAUAAAAAUCUCAUUAGACGCAGCAAGAGGAAUCGAGUAUCUUCACAACUAUGCUGUUCCUCCUAUAAUUCACAGGGACAUCAAAUCUUCAAACAUAUUGCUUGAUGCAAAUUGGACAGCAAGAGUAUCUGAUUUUGGGUUGUCGUUAAUGGGACCUGAAUCUCCAACUGGGCAGUACAUGUCAAUGAAAGCAGCAGGAACAGUUGGGUACAUGGAUCCUGAGUAUUAUGGGCUAAAUGUAUUGACAGUGAAGAGUGAUGUUUAUGGUUUUGGAGUGGUUUUGCUUGAGAUAUUAACUGGGAAGAGAGCUAUAUUCAAGGCAGAAGGAGAGGGAGGAGGACCAACGAGUGUGGUGGAGUAUGCUGUGCCCAAGAUUAAGGCUGGAGAACUGGAUUCAAUUCUGGAUGUGAGAGUUGGGCCACCGGUUCAUGAAACAGAAGCGGUGGAGCUGGUUGCAUAUACUGCGAUGCAUUGCGUGAACAUGGAAGGGAAGGAGAGGCCAACGAUGACAGACAUUGUUGCUAAUUUGGAAAGAGCUUUGUAUAUCUGCGAAGGCAACCAUGGUAGCAUCUCUAGUGCUAGCAUUUCUAUCGCCUCUGACUAACCCAAAUAAAGAAUUCCAAAAUUGAUAGAGAAGAUGAAAUUACAGUGGAUUA